GUUUGGAACAUACGGCGGACGUGACGGUUGAGGAAUGUGGUUGCCCCAGUGUGGACUCGGGUAAAUGGCUGUGUCCGGAGCGGUACGAAUAGCGGGUUCCGAUCUCUGCUGAAUUGUAUGGAAGCUAAUGGAAUCGGCGCAUCUUUGAAUGGGACAGGCUUGAUCAACUUCCUGGUCUAUUUCUGUCUGUAAAGGAUUGAGAAGGAAGAUGGCUUAUGAAAAAUGUUGGAAGGUCCCUGUCCAAGAAAAUCUGGAAGCUAUCAAGGAGCGCAUGAAAGAGAAACGGAAUCAGGCCCAGGCCAAAGUCAACAGAGCUAAGCAAACUUUGAAUUCAAAAGUUAAUUCCAAAUUACUGAAUAAGAACUCUUUCAUUAAAAGUAUCCAGGCAAACAAUCAAAGCCUAGCUUUGUCUCUGGAAGCAGUAAAGCAGAAACUGAGAGAUGCAUCGGAUAUCAUAUUGUCCUUGAAAAAAGAACGGCAAGCGAUGAUAUUCUACAUUCUUAUGCUAAAGAAGCAGGUUGAAAACUAUAACCUGAAACAAGAUAAGAAUUUGAAGUUAAAUCCUGGUUCUAUAGAUGGGGAUCUAAGUAUCUUAGAAGACGAUCUUCUGCAUGCGUUACCAGAUUGUUCUUCACCCAUUGUACCCUUUAUUCCUGACGUUCCCUUGGAGAACUCCAAAGCUGUAGAGAACAUAAAUGCACCAUCUGAUAUGGAGAACAUUCAGCAUCUAUCAAAAAAGUUAUCAAGUGGGAGAAGAUCUACGUAUAAUCAAAGUCCAGACUCUGACAGUGAUGCAGUAGCUCCGUUAAAAGAAUUUGCUGUGUUGCCAAAGGGGGUUUCAGUUAGGAGACAAUCGGGAAGGAAAAAACCCUCUUUCUUUGGUGGUAGUGAUACUUUCGAAUUUAUUCACACUUCCGAAAAUUAUCCAGAGAUACCUUGGGCACAUGAAGAACAAAAAAUUGUCAUUGAUUAUCAAGUGGAUGAAAAUGUGUCUGAUUCUCUGAGUUCCAACCUUGGAACUGAUACAGCAGUUGCUGAGUUGGGUCACUUGCAAAUAGGAAACCCUAUGGAUCCUGAGAAAGACAAAUCUACAUUCAGAAGCAAAGUGAAAAUGAUAAAUUCAAGAAGUGUACAAAGGGUACAACCUAACUCCAAAAAGAGAGAGGAGGUUCAACUGGAAAUAGAGCAAAAGGUUAGAGAUGGAAAAAUGAAGGAAGGAAAUAAAUGUGUACCAGCUAAAAAGCACUGGGAGGCUCUGAAACCUCGAACUCGAUCAAAGAGCAGAGAUCAAAGCAAAAAUUACAUUUCCAAAGAAAGAAAAAAAUCUCUGGACUGCAGUGAUGCCUAUAAUUUUGAUAAUGAAGAAAGUAUUCAUCUUACACCUUUCCGUAGGAAAUAUGAGCCGACUGCAGUUGAGAAUGUAGACAGUACCAAAAGUAGUGUUGAUAUGGAGAGUAAUUCAGAAGAUGAUUUGGUGGAUAGUCCUUACAUCCCCCCUGCUGAUAAAAGACGUAGAAAAUCAAAUUGUAAUCAAGAUAAAAAUGAAGGACCAAUGGUUUUAACUACCAGAUCAAGAUCCAACAGAAUUACAGCAACUCUUCAAAAAAAGCCAUGCAGAGAUCGUGACAUUACCGAAGAGAUCAUUGAUAAUGAGUUGUCAAAAGCACCAAACAACGGCAAGUAUAUGUACAUUUCACCUGCUUUUGGGUCAUUUGAUCAGUCAUUCAAAUGUUAUUUGAAAGCCAAGCUCUGGUUUUCUUUGUUUUUUUCCUCUAAUAGAUGUUUAUUUCCUGGUUUCAUUCUUGAAACAGAGAGAAGCUUUGGACCUCGGUUCAGUUUGAGCGAUGUCACCAAUUGUUCAUCACUACCUGCUGAAAACAAGGGAAAGGAAAAGCCCUGUCCUGGCUUUUUAGACAAUAUGAAUGUGAUUUCUCCAAUAGCUGUUCAUAGGCGGAGAACUACCAUGACCAUUAAUUACAAGGAACCCAAUCUCCAUUUGAAAUUACGAAGAGGAGAUAAAUACACUGACACCCAAUUUUUGUAUUCUCCGAUAUUCAAACAGAAAAAGACUGAUGGAUCUCACCGUAAAUCUGGGAAAAAGCAACCUCCAUUCAGUAGAUAUAACGAAGCUUUUGUCAGCUGCCGAUAGUUUCCACUGAAUGUGAGCUGUGUAAAAUAUUGAAACAUUUAGACUUAUCAUUUACUGUAUGGAUUAAUAUUGGUUUUUAAAUUUCAGACUUGUUUAAAUGGGUAACUUUCAAUGUAUUUCAGAUGCUCAAAAAAUUCUUAUGUAUAUCUUCACAAUAAAAUUUAACCAUUGAUGUGAUGCCCACUGCCUUUAUCAAACUGCUUUGACUAUGAAGUUAACACAAGAUCAUGAAUCACCCUCUCUGUAUUAGUUACACUUAGAAUUUUCUUGAGCAUCAGUAAUAGUUUUUGAAAUAUUUGAAUAAAUCGUCAUCCCCUCCUG